AUGCCACGUCACAUUACUGUAAUCAUCCUAGCAGGAGUUGCAUUGAUUUUGUGCGUCAAUGCAGCGCAAACCGAUCCACCAACGACCUGCGUAGAAUUUGGCGGAACGUGUGACCAGCAUCGUCGUUGCUGCGGUGAAAACCUCAAGUGCGAUCGGUCAAAUACUGUCAGCAUAUACAAGUGCAAAGAAAAAGCAAAACUGGGCGACUCGUGCCGUGAAACAUUUCAUUGCAUUGACAUUGUGCACUCCGUAUGUUUAAAGAACAAGUGCGUGUGUCGACAAAAGAACGUCAGAGCUAGCGACUACGCCUGCAUCCCAAUUUUGAAUGGCUAUUGUUGGAAAAACGAGACCUGCGCGACGGAGAAUUCACUGUGCAUUAAUAAUAAGUGUCAAUGCAGAGACGGAUUUGUAGCGGAGGCCAACGAGUGUUUGCCAGUUGUAAUUGGAUCAAAAUGCAAUGACGAUGCAGCGUGCAAAAGUGUCAAAUUCGCAGAAUUUGACACUUUUAACAAAGUUUGUGCCUGCUCAGAAAAUGCAAUUGCAAUCAAUGAAAGGAUGUGCUUGGUACGUUUAGGAGGAAUUUGUCAAGCUAACGAAGAUUGUGCUGCCAAAAAAUCUUGGUGUGAUGAAAAUAAGUGUCAAUGCAGAGCUCAAUAUUUUGCCUACUCUGAGAUCGAAUGUAGACUCAUCAAUGAAGUGAGGCAACUAUUGCUUAUGGCUUUCUCUUCCGCAGCCUUCAUAGGAAUGCCUUGUAAUGUGUCAAACCAGUGUCAUGCUCAUAGCAGCGAUUCAUACUGCUAUAACAAAACCUGUCAAUGCGAACUGGACUACUUGCUGAAGAACGAAAAUUCAUGCUUACCAGGGAUAACCUCGUAUUGUUCAACAACCGAUGAGUGCUCGGACCCUGAAUCUAUUUGUAUUGGCAGUUGGUGUCAGUGCAGGACCAAUUAUGUGAUGCGGGAGUCAAAAUGUCUGCCAAUGCUCAACGCCAUCUGCUCCGAUAACCUGGAGUGCGCUCCUGCGAACUCGGUCUGCAUUGAUCAUAAGUGUCAAUGCAAGUUCAGUUACUUCCCGAAGUCCAACUACGAGUGUGUCUUAAAAUUGACAAGGACUGCAUUGACAUUCGCUUUGCAAAGUGUUCUGACGCUGGAAAAUGCGUCUGCCAUAAGAAUUACGUGUGAACUGGCCCAAAAACUUGUUCGCCAACUUUGGGAGGCUACUGCGAGAGCGACAGGGAGUGUGUCACUGUCAAUGCAGAGUGUUUCAAGAGCCGAUGUCGCUGUUCCGCAGAAUACACGCAGCGCUCUGAUGACCUCUGCUUACCUGGUAAGUUGUGACGAUGCAGUAGCAUUCUACCUCGCCAGAAUUAGCGAUUAA